AUGAAUGUAAUUAUAAAGUUUAAAUAGUUUUUGAAUUUCUUGAAUUUUUAAUGUAAUCUUACAUCUUUUAUAAUUAUUCUAUAAUUAUUCUAUAGAAAUAAUUAUUUACAUUUUCUAUAAUUUUAAUAUUUUUAUUGCCUAAAUGCUUCCUGUUUGUAAUAUUUUCAAAUAAAUUAAGGUAAUGAGAGAUAUUUUAAAGAUUAUUUGAUUUGCAAUAUAACCGAAGAAUCUGAAACAUAUGCAUGCUAUGGGUGUUAACAUUAUUCAUAUAAUGAAGGAAUAAAUUUAUUUUAUUCAAUUUUUGGUAAGAAAAUCUAUUAAAAGGUUGUCCAUACACUAUAAAUAAUUGUGGUUGGUGUUUCUUCAUUAGUGGGUUUAGGGGCAGAAAUGCAAAAAACCUCUAUUUUGAUGGGUUUAUUACAUUACAAUGAAUAUGAGGCAACUAAUAUAACAUAGUAUUAAUUUAAAAUAAUUAGUUAUAUUUCUAUAGCUUCUAGUUCUCUCUAUUUAAUUUACCUAAUUCUCUUUUAAGGUGACAGCAUUGACCCUUUUGAUGUUUAAGCUGUUUAAUUAUUUUUCCCUUUUAUAGUAAUUUUAACUGAUAUAGGGAAUUUUUUAAAUAGAGCUAUUUAUGAUUAAGUUAUUGUGUUACUAACAAUAAGUAUAGAAUAUAUUUGGAUUAUAUUAUUAACUUUAAAAUAUGAUAGAGCAAGAAAUCAUGAAUUAGAAUCAAAGAAAAAAGAAAUCACAAUUGAUGAUCAUUUAAUUAAUUUAAAAUAAAAAACCUAAUCUUUUUUAAGUCUAAUCCAAUAACCAAAUAAUAAAGGAAGUUCUAAAUGGUCACUAUUUUGGAUUGUAUUUUUUUAAUUGCUAUUGCAAUCAUUGCUAUUUUUUAUUCGUGGUGGAAAUCCCAUGCAGUUCAUCGAAUUCAAAUAUAAUGGCUAAGUGUAUUGGAUAAUAACAAUAGUAAUUUAUAUUUGUGGGUUUUUAAUUUCAUUUUAUCUUUACAAAAAAUAAGAAAAAGAUUAUAAAAAGCAUAUGGAUGACGAUCCAAAUUUUUAUGAGAUUAGACCUUUAAAUCAAAGCAAAUUAUUAAUUUUGAUUGGUUUGGUGUCAUUUUUUUUUAGUGGANUUACUUUAAUGAAUGUAAUUAUAAAGUUUAAAUAGUUUUUGAAUUUCUUGAAUUUUUAAUGUAAUCUUACAUCUUUUAUAAUUAUUCUAUAAUUAUUCUAUAGAAAUAAUUAUUUACAUUUUCUAUAAUUUUAAUAUUUUUAUUGCCUAAAUGCUUCCUGUUUGUAAUAUUUUCAAAUAAAUUAAGGUAAUGAGAGAUAUUUUAAAGAUUAUUUGAUUUGCAAUAUAACCGAAGAAUCUGAAACAUAUGCAUGCUAUGGGUGUUAACAUUAUUCAUAUAAUGAAGGAAUAAAUUUAUUUUAUUCAAUUUUUGGUAAGAAAAUCUAUUAAAAGGUUGUCCAUACACUAUAAAUAAUUGUGGUUGGUGUUUCUUCAUUAGUGGGUUUAGGGGCAGAAAUGCAAAAAACCUCUAUUUUGAUGGGUUUAUUACAUUACAAUGAAUAUGAGGCAACUAAUAUAACAUAGUAUUAAUUUAAAAUAAUUAGUUAUAUUUCUAUAGCUUCUAGUUCUCUCUAUUUAAUUUACCUAAUUCUCUUUUAAGGUGACAGCAUUGACCCUUUUGAUGUUUAAGCUGUUUAAUUAUUUUUCCCUUUUAUAGUAAUUUUAACUGAUAUAGGGAAUUUUUUAAAUAGAGCUAUUUAUGAUUAAGUUAUUGUGUUACUAACAAUAAGUAUAGAAUAUAUUUGGAUUAUAUUAUUAACUUUAAAAUAUGAUAGAGCAAGAAAUCAUGAAUUAGAAUCAAAGAAAAAAGAAAUCACAAUUGAUGAUCAUUUAAUUAAUUUAAAAUAAAAAACCUAAUCUUUUUUAAGUCUAAUCCAAUAACCAAAUAAUAAAGGAAGUUCUAAAUGGUCACUAUUUUGGAUUGUAUUUUUUUAAUUGCUAUUGCAAUCAUUGCUAUUUUUUAUUCGUGGUGGAAAUCCCAUGCAGUUCAUCGAAUUCAAAUAUAAUGGCUAAGUGUAUUGGAUAAUAACAAUAGUAAUUUAUAUUUGUGGGUUUUUAAUUUCAUUUUAUCUUUACAAAAAAUAAGAAAAAGAUUAUAAAAAGCAUAUGGAUGACGAUCCAAAUUUUUAUGAGAUUAGACCUUUAAAUCAAAGCAAAUUAUUAAUUUUGAUUGGUUUGGUGUCAUUUUUUUUUAGUGGAAUUAGCGCAGUAGGAGCUGGUCUUAUUUUAAUUCCUUGUUGUAUUCUAAUUAAAAGAUUUCGAAUGAGUAUAUUAAAGGCUAUUAGAACUAUGGUUUUAGUUCAAUUUCUAAUUGAUAUUUGUGUAAUACCAUAAACUAUUUAAAGUAAUUUGAUAUAAUCUAUAUUUAGAUUAUAAUUCUUUAGCAUAAAAUGAUCAAAUAUUUUAUUUGUUCAUCGGAAUCUUUUCAUUCUUCUUAACCAUUAUAUUACAUCAUUUUUUUAUUAAAUAAAAAUUCUAGCUUAAUUUGAUACUUAUUAUUAUUGGAUUAUUUACAUUUGAUUUUAUUUUAGGAAUAUAUUAAGCUAAUAUAUUUGAGAGUCCAAUAAAAAGAAAUCCUUACUUUUCAAUUUCUAUUGAUGAUUGUUCUAUGAAUUGUAAAUUUAAAUAAUGA